ACAGACUGUUUUGCUGCAGUGAACGGUAGCCGUGGAGAGAGGAAAAGGCAAGAAAAACAAGAAGACAGCGGAGGGCGGAACAAGAACCAAGACAGACAGAUCCAGUGGGACCUUAGCGUGAGCGCCAGCAGAACAUAGACGGGUCUAACACUCCCGGACCUACGGAGCCAACGGGCAUCACGAGGAGCGCAUAAAUCGCCGGCGCUUCCCUGAGUAUCUUCACUCCUUCGGGCCUCGAGAGGACCAUUAGCUUUAGCGCGCGGACGGAUGAGCGUGAUGCUCGCGCGUCUGACAUUCCUGUCAUUUCAGCGGUCUGCUGCCAUGGCGCUCGUGGCCUUGAUGCUCGUUUUUGCAACAUCCGUUCGGAGUAACUUCGUUUACGAAGAUGACCCCUUUCAGCCGGUGACCCAAGAUGAGACUGUGGCGGUGGGUGGGACGGUGACACUGACCUGCAGCGUGAAGGAUAACGAUAACUCAUCGCUCCAGUGGUCAAACACGGCCCAGCAGACCCUGUACUUCGGAGAGAAGAGAGCACUGAGAGAUAACCGUAUCCAGUUGGUUCAAUCUACGGGCACAGAGCUGAUAAUCACCAUCUCAGAUGUUCAACUGUCCGAUGAUGGAGAGUACACCUGUUCAAUCUUUACUAUGCCUGUACGGACGGCACGGGCCACCGUUACUGUUCUUGGUGUCCCAGGUAAGCCAGUGAUAACAGGCUUUGAAGAUCCUGUCCAGGAAGGCAGCAAAGUGACUCUCACCUGCACAAGUUCAGGUAGCAAACCUCCUGCCAAACUACACUGGUACAGAGGUCAAGAGGAGAUACAAGGACGUCCUGACGUCGUGGAGUCCAACCCUGAUGAACCGUCCUACACGGUAACCAGCGAGCUCACGUUCACAGUCACCCGGGACGAUAAUGACGCCCUGAUCGCCUGUGCCGUAGAUCACCCAUCCAUCGCCAACGGAGACAAACAGACAGAGCAACCUCUCAACGUCUUGUUUUCUCCAAGCGUGUGGAUUCAACCUGAAAAUGACCUACCCAGAGAAGGAGAGAAGUUUUACUUACAAUGCGUUGGGAACGGAAAUCCAGAGCCCUCUGCGUUCGAGUGGGAUAAGAAAGACGGAGAGCUCCCCCCGCAGGUGAAGGUGGAUGGUGCGUUCUUGCGCUUUGAAUCCCUCAACAAGACGGAUAAUGGCAUUUACCUGUGCCAGGCUGAUAAUGGGAUCGGCAGGGGGGACGGGUCAUACGCUCUCCUGGUGCAAGAAGCUGAAGAGUUCGCCGCAGACCCCACAGCGAUCUCCACCUCUUUGGGUGUGGACCACGCGGUGAUUGGUGGAGUGGUGGCUGUCAUUGUUUUCAUCUUGCUUUGUCUUCUCAUUGUCCUUGGCAGAUACUUAAUCAGACACAAAGGAACAUACCUAACUCACGAGGCGAAAGGUUCUGAUGACGCCCCUGAUGCAGACACAGCCAUCAUUAACGCCGAGGGUGGCCACUCUGGGGUAGACGACAAGAAAGAAUACUUCAUCUAGUGAUCCAUCCCUCCGCUUUACCUUCAAACGCUUCAGUUCACUCAGUUUGGCGGGGAAAACAGGGGAAUGGCAGAGAAGAGAGGAAUAUGCGAGAGAGAAAAAAAAUCAAAAACAAAGCGUUGACCUGUUGGAACUGAAGAACCUCAAAUAAUCUUCAACACACAGGACAGGAAAGUGACGGACAUGCACUGGCGCGUUGGCUCAUUUUUAAACAAACACACACACACAUUUGGGUUCAUAAACUGAUUUUAUCCACUGACACACACACCUACACUACACUAAUCAAACAAAACAUAAUAAAAAGAUGUACACAAAGGCAAUAUGACAGUGACCACUCUUCUCUAAUUUCCCAUGAUUCCUUUCAAACAGUCCGGAUCAAACACACAAGCGUUGUGGCACGUGCGCAGUGACGUGCAUGCAUGAACUUUUGGGUCGUGUGGUCUGCAUCUUAACCCAUUGAAACAAACACACAGACUUACAGUCGGCAUGCAUACAUACACACACUGAAAAGCGAUUAAUACAUGUAAUCGAACGAUGCUACCCUGCAAUAUCACUGACUGACCCAAACAUGGAUACGCUCAUAUGUCACCUCAGCGUCACGCUAUUAUGCAUUUACCUUCAACUAAUGCACACAUACCUAACUAACAAACACACAUACAGAAGCAGGCAAAAAAACAGCAGCCCCUUCAACUAUUGUGUGAGCCCCAAUAUACAGUAAAUUUAUAAAUACAUAUACAGUAUAAGAUUAUAUAGCAUCAUUUUUACUCAGUGUGCUGUAAAUAUACUCUCCUCUCCUACUCUCUCUUUAUCUCUGUCUCUCUUUCUCUGACUUCACUGUCUGAUAUUGCAGUAUAUACUCUCUGAGCCUGCCUGGUUUUCUUACAUGCGUGGAAAUGCCGAGUUGAUAAAAAAUAUCUGGACUGUAGAAAAAAAACAUGGUGUUAUGAAAAUAUUUGUAUGAAUUAUGUUCUCUUCUUCGAGUUUAAUUUCUAAGUUGUUAACUGUUGGUGCAACAGUCUUGUGUCAUCUCAUCGACCUGGGAAGAUUUAUAUGGUUAUUAUUUUUAUUGCAAGGUUCUUCUCAAUCAAAAUGCAUUUCAUGAGUUGUGCACUGAUGUUUCGUUGUAUUAGAUUAAAUGCUUAGCUCACUCGUGCCACCUUCAGGAAUGAAUCUACAUUAGAAAAAGCAGGGUAACACAAAACCAGACUACUGCUGUCUUUCUUUCUAUUUCUCUCUUGAACCUCCCUAUUUCUGCUUUUUGUGUCUUUAUCAUUAUUUGCUGCUUCUCCCUUCCGUGCAUAUAUCUAGAUUGAUCUAGACUUGUAACAUCGUAGUAAUGUCACGUAAAAGCCAUGGUGCUUUUUGGAAGGGGGAUGGAGUCGCCAACAUCAUGCAAUAAACCGAGGCAGUUCUAUCUAAUAAAAACUAGUUAAUUGUUUCCUUAACCAAGGACAAUCUGGUGUGUUUAAUCUGUUAUGUAUAAAUUAGUCAUUAUGGAGAAGUUUUGCAUGACUUAGAAUCCAGCUGUUUUCCCUCAAGAUAUGGCCAGCUGUCAUCUUUAUGUCACUUAUUACAAUUCUAGUGUUGGAGCUGUGGCUCAGUUGGUGAGAAAAUCACUGGCAUUGGAUUUUCAGAUGGAUGUUUGAGUCUGGCUUGUGACAUUUUCAAACCACGUUCCCCUUUUUUCUUAGUAACAUUUUUUGUCCUAAAAAUGGCAACUGGCCAAAAAUAAAUAAUUAGAGAAACUUGUCUCUGUAGAACAGUGACAGGUAUGUUGGUAACUAGGAAACUGAGGUGGCUGGAAGUGAUUCACAAUUCUGAAUUAAAUUGAUUUGCCCCAUAUAAAAGUUCGGGUUGUGGUCACUAGGAAGUUUUAAUUUUUAUUUGAAUGCAAUCACAGGGAUAAAUUAGAGGUCACAAUUAUAUCAAAAACUGUCCUCUGCCUUCAGAUUUCCUUCACAUACUGUUCCUCAUUAAUCAGUUUCUGAGAGACGCGGUUACAAUCGUCUGCCACAAGGUGUCGGUAACGCACUUCGUUUCCCCAUACACUCUCUCUCUCUCUCUCUCUCUCUCUCUCUCUCUCUCUCUCUCUCUCUCUCUCUCUCUCUCUCUCUCUCUCUCUCUCUCUCUCUCUCUCUCUCUCUCUCUCUCUCUCUCUCUCAAGCAGUAGUACUUCCAGUUAGUGGUGAUAAAUCAGCUCAAUGCUAUUUUUUAAGUUAUAUUGUUUCAUUUUGUUCUACUGUAGAUGUGCAUACUGUUGUUUAUGUUGAUGUCUCAAACUGGAAGUUGUAGAAAAGUUUACAUUACUUUUAAAUUGCGUUUAAAAUUCUGACAUUUUUUAUUAUUUCAAAUACAUAGUCUUUGAACAGUUUACUGAUAACAGCACACUAUGUGAGCUCAGACACUGGCACACAUAUUUUGUGAACGUGUCUGUGUUUGUGUGUGCGAGAUUUUCCCAACAGCCCAGCAAAGAGAUGCAGGAAACCCUCAACGUCUUAUAAUGUUGUGUUAAUUAUGUUAAUUUUUUUAAUGAUAAGUCUUCCUUUUGAAAAAAUAUUCAUAUCACGUGAAGCUAUUUUGUCAUGUAUGUUGGUUUGUAUUAUGGCCGAUGAUGCAAUCUGAACGGGACUGAACAUCAUCAUCAUUGUGGGUUCCGUUUGUUUGAUGGUCUGUUUAAACAGUAUUCGCUUUUUGUUACAAAAAAAAGAGAUCCCUUGUUAACUUCAAAAUAAAUAAACAUUUGGGUUAACCUCA